UUAGACAUAUAGCGAGGCGCGAAGCGCAUUUGUUUUCUAACUUUACACUUAGCUGCCGAAGAAAGCUUGGGGUUUUCGCGUCUUGGGAGGACAUCACAGAGAGUAGCUGUGAUGUUUGAGAAGAGAAAUCGAUUAGCUCUCACAAAAAUGGCUUCCACGAACCAACAACUAUUUGAGACUAAGGUCUUAGCCAUCAUAUUUUUAUGGCUCAAGGAAUUACCUAAAUCUUAUUUCCAUGUUAUAUCGUCCUUGCAAAGUUGCAGCCAUUUUCAAUUUCAACAGCGAGAGCGGUUCCAAACGCUGCUGACAAAGCGCCUGAUACGUUGCUAAAUUACUGAGCGAUUACUCUCAAACAAAGCGAAUCAAAUCAGCUAACAUUUGUCACACCCAUUUAUCGACCAGGACUGGAAUUGGAUUAAGAAUUACUGGAAUUUAUUAAAAGUGCGUAGGCCUUCAUUGGCCUUGGACCAACAUGGCAGAGCAGUUAACGGAUCGGCUUGAUUUGUCCAGUCUGCUCGAUGAAAAUGUGGAUAAGAUCUACACUUACCUCUUCAAAAGGCAGGAACUAUCUGAAGCGGAAAUGGAGCCAAAAAACUCUGACUUCUUAGAUGACUCUCUGAGUGAGGGAGAUACGGUAGACAUUUGUGGCAUUUCGGAAGUGUCCUCUGUCGAAAUGCAAGAUUUGGACUCUGCGGUGUCAUCACCAGAGAAUGGGAUGUGGGGCAGGGAGGUUCUAGGGGAGGGAGUUGUGGCAUACAGUUGUGACACCUCUGAAGUGCCCUCUGUUGUCACCAUCCCUUUAGAGCAACUGGUGGAUUUGAUGAAUAUGGCAUCGGCUGUAUCAUCAGGUCUUGUGCAAGGGUCAAAUAAACGACCCUCAUCUGGUGAUGACACUGAUGGUGCAACACCUGUAAAAGUGUCCAAGAUGGAUUUGCAGAGGGAGGCAGAAAAGAGGAGAAAAAACAAUGAGGCCUCCAAAAGAACUAGGGAAAAGCGCAGGAACAAAGAACAAGAGCUAUUGAAGGAGAAAGAAAUCAAGGAGAAGGAAAACAAGGCUCUCAGAACCCAAGUUGAAGACUUGGAAAAACAAAUCAAGGACAGAAGAUCUGCUUUGAAACAGAGACUGACUGCUACAUCAUGAAGCAUCAAGAGUCAAAGUUGUGACUCAAUAAGGUUGCAAAGGUUUUUUUUUUUGGAAGUAGUUCAGAAAAAGCCAACCCUAUUAGCCAACCCUUCAUAUGGGUUGUGUAUACAGUAGUUUGACAAAAGGUUGUCAUCAACCGGCUUUGCGACUACGCGACAAGCCUGCAUGUAAGCACGGGUAAAAACCACUUAAGCGCUUAGCUGUAUAUAUUAGCCACUGCAUAACUUCAGACUUAGACUGUCAAAAACCUUUUUUUCAUAAUCCUAAAAUUGAUUUGUGACAGUCUUAAAAUCAAGGUCGUGUACCCACAACAUUGUACUCACAUUGAUGUUUAUAAAUAAACAUGAAUUUUAAAA